AGAUGAUCCAGAGCACCCAGACUGGAUUCCAAGUGUGUUUAAACACACAACUGCACAGAACAAAGCUAUAGUUGAGAAGAUAAAAAGGCAGACAACAGUGUGCCAUGGUGUACAUAAAACAUUGCUGCUAUGGGAAAUGCAAUAGUGACUCCAGAUACGCGGAUAGUCCGCAUAUGGUGGGUGUACGGUUCCUUAAUUUUCCGAAACCCAAGCAGCGGCUGGAGAAGUGUUUACGUUGGAUCAGAGCUUGCGGCCGUCCACACGAGCAAUUCAACGUUAACAAAGUCCAUAAAAUGACGUUCAUCUGUACCAAGCAUUUUGUUGGAGGGGAAGGACCGACGGAUAAUCACCCUGAUCCAAUUCCAGCACGUUACUGUCAAGAGCAGGUGCACAAAUUUUCAAGGAAGAGAAAAUCCCAAGCAUGGUGUGACAAUCCUGCCUCGCAGUCCAAAAGAUCUGCAGACAAUGAUGCUGUUUCGUCGAUGAAUGCAGAUCUAGGCGACAACUCCUCGGUCAAAGCUGGAGACCCUGGAGACAUGGAUGAUGGAGUUCACUAUGAUGGUGACGAUGGAGAGACUGUUAAUGAAAACAUCAGUGUACGAGGGGAGACAGUUUGGGCUGAACACUCCUAUUCCCAUCAGCCUCGUUUUGUUGACAAGGGCAAACCAGCCUAUGAAAUUCUACAGCGUCAUCCUGACUGGGUACCUUCAUUCCCUCUCGGGCACACAGAAGUCACAGCAGCACAUACUGAGCGGUAUAACCGGGGGACAACUAGACAGCAAGCUCUCACAGGGAACAACACUGCACCUGCAGCACCACAGGAUGUACCUGGAGAGAGGUCCGAGAUGGAUGAAAUUAACCAGUUGUUGGAGGAGAACAGGGUACUGAAUGAAGAACUCUUACAAAUGAAGAUGGAUGAGCAUUUCUUCAAAGGUGAUGACGCAAAGGUCAGGUAUUACACUGGGCUUCCGUCUUUUGCUGUGAUGAUGGGAUUGCUGAUGCAGCUUCUCCCCUGCCUACCACAGACAGGCCAAAAACUUUCUCCUUUUCAGAUGCUCCUCUUAACUCUGAUGCGCCUGAGGCUGAAUAUAUCAAUCCAGCACAUUGUAUACUUCUUCAGCAUAGACCAAAAGACUGUGUCCACCGUGUUCAGAGACACCAUAGGUGCACUGUUUACACACCUCAGCCCUUUGGUGCACUGGCCAGAGAGACAUUGCUUGGAAGGCAGCAUGCCACAUCAGUUUGUGGAGGCUUUUGGCAAUCAUGUUGCGGUUAUUGUGGACUGCUUUGAAAUUAAAAUUGAGAGGGCAUCAAGUCUGAAAGCUAGGGUACAGGUAUUUUCCCACUACAAGUACACCAUAAAGUAUCUCAUUGGCAUUACACUACAGGGAGCUAUCUCUUUCAUUUCCAAAGGGUGGGGAGGUCGUGCCAGUGACAAGCAUGUGACUGAGAACAGUGGCCUUCUUGAUAAACUAUUGCCAGGAGACUUGGUGUUGGCAGAUCAUGGAUUUGACAUCAGGGGCAGUGUUGGUCUAAUGUGUGCAGAAGUGAAAAUCCCUGCAUUCACAAGAGGACGCUGCCGGCUGGAUGCAAAAAAUGUGGAGGAGACACGGCGGAUGGCUCACCUCAGGGUCCAUGUGGAGAGGGUGAUUAGAUGUGUUCGCACCAGGUACACCAUACUAAGUGAGACCAUACCAGUGAGCACGGUGCUCCCAUGUGAAGGUGAUGACAUUAUUUUCCUUGAUAAGAUUGUGUCUGUGUGCUGUGCCUUGACUAAUAUGUGCCCCAGUGCUGUUGUGAAACCAUCUAGUUAAACUAUAUACUUUUGAUAUAAACACACUUGUGAUGUAGACUGACUGAUGUAGACUGCAUUAACAGUGCUAUUCAU